UUGUUAUUGUCGUGUUCCGAGCAAAUGUGAAACAGAUGAGUUUAUGGUGUUUGUUUGAGUGCAAUAACAGUGAAUGAUGUUAAAAGCAAGUGACGUAUCAAAACAAAAAUAAGAGAUAUCGCACCUGGAGCGAAUUAUCAUAACGAAAAUGAAUAUCUCAGGAUUUCUGAUGACCCUAACGUGACACAAUGUUCUCCAAUAAGAACUACAAAAUUCUAACCUACAUAUUCGGUUGCAUUCACAUCUUCUUGGUGCUGGUUGUACUCAGCCAGGGUGCGGUUCCAAUCGUAACAGACUGGAUAGCUGCGAUAGCAAUAAUCACGCCAUGUGCCUUAAACAUAAUUUUCACACUAUUUUGGAUGAUUGGAAUAGGAUUGAAACGACCGUCCAUGAUCAAUCUGUUCAAAAGCUUCACUUACUCUCAAAUGGUGCUAAUAGCAGCUCUCACAAUAGGCUUCAUUGUGCUGUGUUUUAUGAAUGGAGGCCAAUUUCACCUAUACAUAAUGAUCUUCAUAGUCCUAUCACUUUUCGUGCUCUCGGUGAUCGAGCUCUUUGUGGCCAUCGGUGGACAGCGCGCCAUAAUGGAAGAACUGGUAGGUUCCCGGAUGAGAGCCGUCGAAAUGACUGAGUGGAACAGCUAAAGUUAGCCCUUUUGAACAUGGACUCGCAUGCGCACAAUACUACAACGAAAUGAGAUUAAGUUAGUUUUUAUGUCCCAAUAGAUGCAUGAACAAAUGAAACAGAAAGCUUUAAUCAUGUGUGUAUGAAUGCUUACCACGUGCUAACUUAUGCCUUCGAUGUAAUACAAAAUACUAAAUUGUGAUACAAGUACAAA